CCAUCUCUUCAUAGCCAAACCUAAAUAAACCAAAUCCCAUAGUUCCAUCUCCUCUAUUGCAUGCCCUUCUCCUCUCAAAGCAUAUAUUUCUUGCUCUCUCCCAGUACUCUCUCAGAUACAUCAUCUCUCUUUUCUCUCCAUAACCAAAAACCAAAGCAACCAAAAUUCACAAGCAAAGAAUUUUAACUACCCUUCAUGGCAGUUGAAGCUCCUCAUACGAACCUUAACUUUCCUUCACAUCUUCUCACAAACAGGGAUUUUGCGAAAGUAAAUCAAGCAAACAUGAGUUUAUACAAUACCCAGAUGGAUUCUGGCCUUGUUUUUAAUGAAGCAAUGCCUGAAGCAAUCUUGUCAUUCUAUCAAUCAUCUCUUGUUUGUGACCCAGUUUCUGCUAAAGCUUCUAAUAAAGAUGAUAGUGGGCUCACCUACAAUGUUCCCGCUGCUGUUGCUCCAAGAAAGAGGUCUAGAGAUUCAAUCAAUGACAACUAUGAUGCUUUUCAUGCCUCUCAGAAGACCAAAGUCUGCCCUUUUUCUUCUUUUAUUGAUCAAGACAUCAUCUUUCAGAUCCAACAACAACAAUCUGAAAUUGACCGUUUCAUUGCUGAACAUAAUCAGAAAGUUAGAAUGGAACUUGAAGACAGGAGAAAGAGGCAGUCGAGAAUGCUGGUAUCGGCAAUACAAGGAGGGAUGGUGAAGAGAUUAGUAGAGAAAGAUGAAGAGAUUCAAAGGAUGGGAAAAUUGAACUGGUUUCUUCAAGAAAAAGUGAAGAGUUUAUACGUGGAGACUCAAAUUUGGAGGGAUAUAGCUCAAGCCAAUGAGGCUACAGCAAAUUCGUUACGCAGCAAUUUAGAACAAGUUUUGGCGCACGUUAGCGAGGACCGCUACGUAAAUGGUGGUGGUGCCACGGUGGCAGACGAUGCGGUAUCCAGUUGUGGAAGCAGUGAUCAUGGGAGGUGCCCGUUGGCAGGUGGAGAAGAGGGCGUGGUGAAGGAUAACUUGGUGGUGGUGAAGGAUAACAGGAACGGUAAAAAUACCAACCACAUCCGGAUGUGUAAAAAGUGUGGGGAGAGGGAAUCAAGUGUGUUGCUGCUGCCAUGCAGGCACCUGUGCCUGUGUACAUUAUGUGGGUCCAAUCUGAUUGGUACUUGCCCAGUAUGUGAUUCUGUCAUGGAUGGUAGUGUACAUGUUAACAUGGCUUCAUGAUAAAUCUUAGUUACUCUUGACAAAAAUACGAGGAUAACUCU